AUGGCGACCCUCGCGACCGCUUCUCGUCUCUGCUUGCGCACGGCUGCAAAGCCCGCCGUCCCUGCUGUGCGCGCCCUCAGCACCACCGCCGUUCGAACCGACAGCGCGUCCGCCUCCGGAUACUCCAGCCCUUUCAAAUUCCAGGGUGAGAGCAAGGGUGCUCAGAUUCCCAACUUUGGGAAAUACGUCUCCUCCGGCGACGAGACGAAGAACAAGCUCUACUCGUACUUCAUGGUCGGUGCUCUCGGUGCCGUCAGUGCUGCUGGAGCCAAGAGCACAGUUCAGGAGUUCCUGGUCAACAUGUCUGCUUCCGCCGACGUUCUGGCCAUGGCCAAGGUUGAGGUUGAUCUGAGCUCUAUCCCUGAGGGCAAGAACGUUAUCAUCAAGUGGCGAGGCAAGCCCGUUUUCAUCCGACACCGAACCCAAGACGAGAUCGACCAGGCAAACAAGGUCAACAUCUCUGCUCUUCGUGAUCCCGAGGAGGACAGCGCCCGUGUCAAGAACCCCGAGUGGCUUAUCAUGUUGGGUGUCUGCACCCACUUGGGUUGUGUCCCCAUUGGCGAGGCCGGUGACUACGGCGGUUGGUUCUGCCCUUGCCACGGUUCUCACUACGAUAUCUCCGGCCGAAUAAGGAAGGGUCCUGCCCCUCUCAACCUCGAGAUUCCCGAGUACGAUUUCCCCGAGGAUGGCAAGCUGGUCGUCGGUUAA